AGGAAAUAUUGGCGAAGGCCUAAAACCCUCCUUUUACCCUCAUCGAAUCGACACCCUUCCAGUUUUGCUCUCGCUCGAUCAACAUGAAUGCAGUCGCAAUGAGAUUCCUCAAGCAUUUCAGGAUUUCUUCUUCAUUUGUGGCAAGUAGGCAAACGAGCUCAAAGUUGUGGUUAUCGACCGGUGCUUCUGGAAGUGGCAUUGAUGUUGAGAAGAACAAUGGAGAAGAAGAAGAAUAUGAUGAUUUUUUUAAUGAUAAAAUUGAAUUACAGCCCCAGGGUGUGGAUCCCAGGCGAGGUUGGGGAUUUCGUGGCGUACAUAAGGCAAUAAUUUGUGGAAGGAUUGGGCAAGCCCCUGUGCAGAAGAUCUUGAGAAAUGGGCGCACAAUAACAAUCUUUACAGUUGGAACAGGAGGGAUGUUUGACCAACGAAUUGUUGAAGCAAAAGAUCUGCCAAAGCCUGCUCAGUGGCAUCGUAUUGCUGUGCAUAAUGAACCGCUUGGUGCUUAUGCAGUUCAACAACUUGUUAAAAACGCAUCGGUUUAUGUUGAGGGCGACAUUGAAACCAGAGUCUACAAUGACAGCAUCAAUGGUGAAGUCAAAAAUGUCCCAGAAAUAUGUGUUCGACGGGAUGGGAAGAUUCGGCUUUUAAAGGCCGGAGAAAGUGCCAGCAAUAUUUCUCUGGACGAUUUAAAAGAAGGGUUGUUUCAGAACGAGACAUAACAUGUUGCCAAAAACCUCAAUCAGUUGGAAGUUUGUGUAGCUUUGUAUAUUUGGCACGAGAAAGAGAGAGAGACGGUAUUACUUUCCAUUCAAAGAUUAGUACUGAAACCACCAAUGCCUCAUAAUCUCUUCUUGCAAUUGUUUAGUUUAUUAGCGUUGUAGCAUUUUGUUCUUCAAGGCUCUUAAAGCCAGUUUUGUGUUAGAUUGGCCAGGGAUAUUAUUAUAGGCUCACAAGACUUGUCACUGCUGAUGAUGCCUUUAUUCUUGUUUCAAUGCAUUUCUCCUAACAAGUGAUGGCAUCAUAGUUUUGAAAUCCACAGAUUAGACAAAGUUCAAUAGAAGACUGUUAAUUGUUAA